UCUCUCUCCCGCUCCAAUUAUUUUGAGCUAAAAAAAACCAAAAGAGCACCCCCAGCAACCACCACUUCCCAUCGCCCGAUCCCCCUUUCUCUCUAGGGUUUUCUCCGAUCGCCGCCGCCCUCUCCGGAACCCAAGUCGAAUUCUAGAUCUUGAAUCUGAUCGCUCUCUCUUGCGCCAGCCUGGGACGAUUUGCAGGGCUCACGGCCUCCUUUCUGCGUCCGCUGAUCUCAGAUCGACGUGGUUUUGGAUCAGAAGGUUCCGUUUGUGGAUUUGAGGAUCGUUUUCUUGAAAUUUCUCGUAUCCAUGCGUUUUUUCCCUGGAGCCAUUAGCCAAACCGAGCCUAAAAUUGGGAUGAUCGGAGCCCUGGUGCGAUUUUUGGAGGAAAGAAAUUGCAUCAGAAACCACGUAGGGAGUCUUACUAUUUUCGUCUUCUGUUUCAAAUAGACUACGUCUUGAGUGGAAAAAGAAUUGUUCUGUGUGCCGGACUGCGACACUGCAAUCUUCAUUUUGUAGCCCGCUUUUAAUUCUUUCCCUCUUCGUUUUGUUGCAUGAGAUGUUAUGGUAUUGUGGACACUCAUCAGGCAAGUUAGAUGGUUUGUAAUGCUCGCGUAGACAUUUUUUGUCGAUCGGACAAAGAAAACAAGGGUUCCACCACCAAGGAAGACGGGGUAGAGCUCAAGGUACGAAGCUUGGUUUGAGCUGCCUAAGAAGCAGGGUUGAUCUAGAGCAGUUGUAAAGAUGAUGGUGGAUUCUGGUCUAGCUGUGGAGCCUGGAGCUGCCACUGAUUUAACACCCAAAAAGGAACGUGUCGGCAAUGGUGAUUAUGCUAGUGGAAGAUGGAAAAGUGAGGAUGGAAGUUUAACUUGUGGAUACUCCAGCUUCAGGGGAAAAAGAGUGAGCAUGGAGGACUGCUAUGAUCUAAAAUCAGCUAAGAUUGAUGGACAGACAAUUUAUCUUUUUGGAAUAUUUGAUGGGCAUGGUGGUUCACGUGCUGCUGAGUAUUUGAAGGAGCACUUGUUUGACAACCUUACAAGGCAUCCAAAGUUCAUGACACACACAAAACUUGCAAUAAGUGAAACAUAUCGUAGAACUGAUUCAGACUUUCUAGCUGCUGAAAGCAAUACUUCCAGAGAUGAUGGUUCUACAGCAUCUACAGCUGUUCUGAUAGGCAAGCGCUUAUAUGUAGCUAAUGUUGGAGAUUCACGUGCUGUGAUAUCAAAGACAGGAAAAGCAAUCCCUCUCUCUGAUGAUCAGAAGCCAAACAGAAGUGAUGAACGCAAGAGAAUUGAGGAUGCUGGAGGAGUUGUCAUGUGGGCUGGUACUUGGAGAGUUGGAGGUAUAUUGGCAAUGUCACGAGCGUUUGGCAACCGCCUUCUGAAACAAUUUGUUGUAGCAGAGCCUGAGAUUCAGGAACAAGUGGUAGAUGAAGAAUUGGAAUUUCUGGUUUUGGCCAGUGAUGGGCUGUGGGAUGUGGUAACAAACGAGGAUGCUGUUUCGCUUGUGAGAGUGGAAGAUGAACCUGAGGCUGCAGCUCGCAAGUUAACAGAGACUGCCUUCUCUUGUGGCAGUGCAGACAACAUCACAUGCAUCGUAGUCAGAUUCCAUCAGGAAAAUCUUGACAGGGAAUCUCCAACUCCAGCAGGAACACUAGAUUGAAGUAUCACGGAGACGGCACAGAUGCAGUUUUCCAUCUUUUCUUUUUGAUAUCCACUACGUACCUGCCAGUCAAGAUGUUUGCCGAAAUCUCCCCGGUCAGCAACCAACAGGUGGGCAUGUUAUCGAGCCUAUCAGAUGAUCAUUCCAGGCCUAGUUUCAUUUGUUAAUUUAUUCUUCAAAGCCAUAGGAACAUUCUGAUCAUGACAUCUGCAAUUGUUUUUGGUGUUGCCAAACGGGUCUAAACAGCAACUUUAUCAGCAGAAUUCUGUGGCGUGGGAUGAUAA